AUGAAGAUACCCAGAGUAUACUCACUGGGACUAACUGACGUUAAUAAGUUUCUGGUGUACAACUUGGCAAAGUAUCCAGAACAACCAAAGAUCCCAGACAUUGUGCUACUACUGAAAUCUGAUGAACAACUAUCAAGAUUUGUUUCAAAUGACUCAAAAGUUUCCGUAACAGAUUAUACCAACCUUAGAGCAUCUACAAAAUUCACACAACUCAUGGCUGCAUACCAACCUCCAAGAUUUGCAAACGGAGACCACGCUCCUAUAGAAAACCUCACAAUAUCAUCAAGUUCAUUUCAACUCAAGACAGAAUUGAAAAAAUUCCAAAAAUCAAUAAAUCAAAAUUCAAAUAUCUUACUAUUGAAUCCUAGCAUGUCAGCUACACAAACAAUCAACCAGUUAUACGGGAAUAGCCCCAAGAAGCCUAAUAUUUACCAAUGUUUAAGUACACAUAGUUUGUGGGGAGCUGGUGAAUUUGGUGUUAAUAAUAUAGGAAGAGGUAAUUUAACUAUAACUAAGGUACCCAAAAACUCCAAUGCACCAAUAUCAGAACAAAAUAAUCUAAUAGAUAUGAAGAAUGAACCACCAUUUAUACAACUACUAUCGAAACUAAGAGAAGUUGAUCCUGUGUUCGUUAGUUAUUUUAAUUUCCAAUUAUUACAAAUGGAAUCAUUAGUCAUAAAAGCAUGCAUAGAGCCCUUAACUGAUGUUUUUGAUUGUUACAAUGGUGACUUAUUAAAAAUGGAUAAGAUAUCAGAAAUAUCAGGUGAUUUGAUUGAUGAAUCAUGUCAAAUAUUGAAAAUAGCUCAUCCAGAGUUAGUUGAUUCACCAUUAGGAUCAAUUGCAUUAAAUUCUGAAAGAUUAUUAGAUGUUGUUUUCAACAAUUUAAAUUUAAAUAAAGAAGGUGGCAGAGAAAUUGCCAAACUUCAAAAAAGAUCUAAAAAGCAAGAAAUAUUUGAAACCAAUGGAUAUUUAUCUUCUCUUGCAAAGAAACAUAAAAUCAAAGCACCAUUAAAUACUACAUAUUCGGAUAUAUUGAGGGCUAAAUAUUCUUUAGCAAACAAUCGGGGUCUUAAUGGAAGACUCUAA